AUGUUCAACAACGGUUUCGGAGGCGAGAGCAAUCCAUAUGCUCAAAACUAUGCGACAGGUGGCGGAACGAGUGGAGGAGGCUUUCUGGCCAAUGGCAGUCAGAACGACUCACCGAGCUCUAAGCGACAGGGCAAUAACACACUUAGGCCUGUCACCAUCCGUCAGAUCCUCAAUGCCGAACACCCUCAUCCCGAUGCCGAGUUCACGCUAGACGGUGCGGAACUUGGUCAGCUGACCUUUGUCGCAGUGGUCCGAAACAUCUCUAAGAAUGCAACAAACGUUGCUUACAGCGUUGAGGACGGCACUGGUCAGAUUGAGGUGCGACAGUGGCUCGAGAGCUCUGGUGACGACAACCAAAAGGCAUCUGAUAUCCGUCAGAACGUCUACGUCCGAGUCCUUGGCACCGUAAAGUCAUUCCAGAACCGUCGUUCCAUCUCCGCAGGCCACAUGCGAGUCGUCGUUGACUACAACGAGGUUCUCUUCCACCGUCUCGAAGCUGUCCACUCGCAUCUCCAACUCACCCGUGGCGUCAAGCCCUCUCAGGCUAACGGCGGUAACAACCAAGGUCUUUACCGAGGCCAGGAGCAGACCAGCGACAUCAACGCCUACUCUGGCUCCAAUAACCAGAGCGUUCUUGACCAGUACAAGAGUCUCGACCCUCUGCCACGCCAGAUCAUGGGUAUCGUUACUUCGGAAGCCGAGAAUCAUACCGAUGGUGUCCACGUCGCUCUUAUUGCAAGGAUGCUCAAGGGUGUUGAUGUCUCCGAGGUCAAGACUGCGGUUGAGGAGCUCAGCUCAGAGGGCUAUUUAUACACCGCUGCAGAUGACGAUCAUGUUCUUCCUACUGCUUAA